AUGUCUAGUCGUCGCCGUCAAAAACGAGCACAGUUACGUGCAAUGGAAUCUCUUGCGUAUUCAUCAACAUUGUCGUACCUACGAGCACACAAUGAUUACGAUCAGGAUGCCAAACAGAUCAUCGAACAUCUUCGUUCACUAUUGCAUAUAUCAUCUCAUCGACAUCUAGCAGAAUUGAAGCGAAUUAUCAACGAUGAAGAAUUAGAACGGCUUGUGUCAUUAAAACAUUUGGGAGAAAGCCAUCUGAAGCAGAAAUGGAUUGAGUUAGAAGAAAAAGAAGGCGAUGAAGACAACAAAAUCAACACAUCAGUGAACAAUUCCACAACAACACGGAAAAAAUUCAAAGGAACCUAA